AUGAAUUUCACCUAUUCCGAAAACCUGCACGACAGUGGGCUCAUCUUUGCGCUGAUGUUGACAUUUAUGGCUGUGUUGGCGCCGUUCAUCACCAUUGGGAAUUUGUUCGUCGUCUUGGCCGUUUACAAAAACUACAAUCUACGAACGCCGACGAACUUUAUCCUAACAAGUCUAGCAGUAAAUGAUAUGGUGUCAAGUGUGGCUUUUGCUCUUAACUGCUACCCAGCCGUAUUCUCGCUAAAGACCUGGUACCCUAACAUGGCGGACUUGCUAUGGUUACCAAGUUCCACUUUGUGUUCGAGUACACUGCUCCACAUUGUUGCCCUUACCGUAGACCGAUAUAUUGCAGUAACAAAACCGCUUAAAUAUCCUACAUUGGUUACUCCGAAACGCGUUGGUUACGCGAUAGCAUCCAUUUGGAUACUUAGCUUCAUCGUUCUCGUCGUACUCGGUUACAUUGACCUAAACGAAGUUCAAAAUGCCAACCGCGAUAGAGAAUCGCACAAUAGCCUCGCGAUCGUAACAUUCAGCUUGGUCAUCGUCUCAUUUUUGGUCCUUACACUAUUGGUGAUAGUCGUCUCUAACCUCCGCAUAAUGCAGAUCGCUGUCAAGCAGGCAAGAGCCAUAGCGAAUCAAACAAUCAACGAUCAAAAUAACCGCGUCGCACCGGGAGCGGUGGAGCGCAGGCUCAAAGCGGUAAAGACAACUGGCAUCAUAGUCGGUGUCCUUGUGUUCUUUUGGUCUCCAUACAUCGUGUUCUUCACUCUUCAGGCAACGCCACUAGCGGACGAAGCCUCUGUGGUCUAUCUAAAUCUCUGUUUCCUGGUAGCAAUAGCUAUUGCUGCCUCACUCAAUCCCUUCAUAUAUCAUCAUAGAGAUAGGGAGUUCCGCAACACCUUCCUCGAAAUAUUUCGAGCUGCGUCAAACAAAUUCAAGUGCUAAGAUGUGUUUCCUUCAUAUAUCAUCGCAGAGACAGAGUUUCGUGACGGUUCCCCGAAAUAUUUCGAGCUGCAUCCAUUAAGUUCAAGAGCUAAGAUUUAUUACCUUCAUAUAUCAUCGCAGAGACAGAGAGUUUCGUUUAAGAGCUAAGAUUCAAUCCCUUCAUAAUAGUCAUCACAUAGACCGAGUUUCGCAGUGCUCAACUUCGGAAGUAUUUCGAGCUGUGUCUAACAGGUUCAAGCGCCAAGAUCUUGUGCAAGCUCAAUCUGUAAGAACUAAUUCUUUAAUAACUACAUUUUAAAUAUCUUAAAAGAUGCAGAUUGACAUUUCUGAUUUCAUUUUUUUUUUAAAUAAGAAUUGCUCAUUGAAUUUUUUUAAAACCAUGUAUUUAAGUUUAAGACAUUGAUAGAAUGUUGAAAUAUGUUGAUGUUAUGAACUAAGCUUAUU